CCUCCAGAUGAUCGGUUCUAGACGAAGCGGUGGUGCAGGACAGGUCCUUAACAUGCCUGGUUUGCAGGAGCGCAACCGCCCGAGAUCCCCUCCUCUUCCUUGGAGUCCCCCCCUCUCAUUUGCACUUGACAGACGACCGCCAUGACCAACGAACGCGCUGCUUUCCAGGCUGAGGUUGCUCGCGUUGAGCAGUGGUGGAAGGACUCGCGCUUCAACCGCGUGAAGCGACCGUACACCGCCGCACAAGUAGUCUCGAAGAGGGGGACGUUGCCCAUCUCAUACCCCUCCGACGUGCUCGCGAAGAAGCUCUGGGCAUCUCUGUCGGAGCACUACAAGAAUGGGACACCGUCGCACACAUACGGCGCACUCGACCCUGUGCAAGUGACCCAGAUGGCAAAGUACCUCGAGACCGUCUACGUCUCCGGUUGGCAAUCAUCGAGCACGGCGUCGAGCUCAAACGAGCCAGGCCCAGAUCUUGCGGACUACCCCUCGAACACCGUCCCCAACAAGGUCGAGCAUCUCUUCAUGGCACAACUGUUCCACGACCGCAAGCAGGCCGAGGGGCGAUCGGAACUGUCCGAGGCCGAGCUCGCGAACACGCCGACGAUCGACUACCUCCGCCCCAUCAUCGCCGACGCCGACACCGGUCACGGCGGCCUCACCGCAACCAUGAAGCUCGCGAAAAUGUUCGUCGAGAAGGGCGCCGCGGGCGUGCACAUCGAGGACCAGGCUCCGGGUACGAAGAAGUGCGGGCACAUGGCGGGCAAGGUACUCGUGCCCAUCCAGGAGCACCAUCACCGGCUCGUGGCUAUUCGCUUGCAGUUCGACAUCAUGGGCGUGAACAACCUCGUCAUCGCCCGCACGGACUCCGAGGCUGCGACCUUGAUCACGACGAACGUGGACGAGCGCGACCACGCGUUCAUCCUUGGUUCGACGAACCCUGACCUGCGGCACCUCAACACUACGGGGCCCGCCCUGGAGGCGCUCGAGGAGCAGUGGUUGGCCGCUGCGAAGUGCCAGCUGUUCCCCGAGGUACUUGCCAACGCCCUCAAGGCGCAGACAAGCGCCAAUCAGGUCAAGCUCGAGCAGUUCCAUCGGCGCAUCGCUCACCUCUCAUGGCCUGACGCCAUCACCGUUGCGAAGAAGGAGUUCGGCCUGAGGAGCGGCUACUACCGCUACCAGGGCGGCACGCAGUGCGCCGUGAACCGUGCGAUUGCGUUCGCGCCGUACGCGGACCUGCUCUGGAUGGAGACGAAGAAGCGAUCUACUCGCAGGCGAAGGA